CACCCUGUUGCUAAUAACUUCUAUGAUCGAGAAAUGAACAUUAUCGAAAUCCUGCUGGAGGUGUUCAUCAUCGUAACUGCCGUGGUGUCGCUGAUGUCAAACUUGUCAGUGGUGCUAUGCUUCAUCCAGAGCGCCGAGAUCCGUUCCCAAGUGCCCGGGAUAUUCGUCCUGAACCUCUCCUUCUCCAACAUCCUCCUGGCCGUGGUGAACAUGCCCGCCACGUUUCUCGGGGUGGCCAGGAACGCCAGACCCUUCGGGGACCUGUUCUGCCGGGCCGUGGGUUUCGCGGAGACUUUCCUCACCGCCAACGCCAUGCUGAGCAUGGCCGCGCUGAGCGUGGACAGGUGGGUAGCGGUGGUGUUCCCGCUGAGCUACUCCAGCAAGAUGCGCUUCAGACACGCUUUUCUGACCCUCGUCUACUCCUGGUCGCACGCCCUCGCCUUCUCUCUGGCCGGGCUGCUGCUGGGGUGGGGGGGCUACAGCAACACGUACGCCUCCUGUACCGUUCACGCGGACGGAGGACGCGCGAAGUUGGCGGACUUCGCGGCGUUCACCGCGCUGUUUCAUGCCACCAGCUUCGCGCUCUGCCUCCUCGUCUUGUGCCUGGCGUACUAUAAAGUUCUGCGGGUGGCCAGGUUUCACUGCAAGAGGAUAGACGUCAUCACCGUGCAGACGCUGCUGCUGCUGGUCGACAUCCACCCGAGUGUGAAAGAGAGGUGCUUGGCGGAGCAGAGGAAGAGGAGGCAGCGAGCAACUACAAAAAUCGGCAUCUUCAUCGGCUCCUUCGUACUCUGCUUCGCGCCCUAUGUCAUAACAAGGAUGGUGGAGCUGCUGCCGCACGUGCGCAUCCAUCGUUACUGGGGCAUCGCCACCAAAUGUAUGUGCUAUGCCAAAGCCGCCAGCGACCCGUUCGUCUACUCUCUGCUACGGCAGCAGUACCGGAAGGUCCUCGUCACUGUCACCAACCAGAUCCUGGGAAGGGAUCGGUACUCACUGACCGGCCACAAAAUGAGCAGGAAGUUUGACACAAUAGACGGCAACUGUAUUCACAGAAUAGCGUGAGCUACACUGUGGCAAAGGUGCAGGUUUUGGAGUAUUGGGUGAACCUAAUGUUGCAAGAGCGCAACGGACUGGGAUGUCGUGCGCCAACUGAUUUCUGUAAAGACAUCGUUACUGACGGUGGUGGACUUAAUCAUGAGUUGGCACGCUGGGACAAAG